AUGCAAGUUACAGUUGUCUAUGGGCUUCUUACAGUUGAAACAAGAAAGAGUUUAUGGGCUGAUCUUCUUAGCAUGGAUAACUCUAUGCAGGGGGAAUGGUGUGUACUUGGUGAUUUUAAUGCAUUACUUGAUUAUAAUGAUCGAUUUCAAGGUAGGCCUGUCACUACAUAUGAAAUACAAGAUUUUGCAGCUUGUAUUGAGAAUAGUGAUCUUUCUGAGCUUCGAAGUUGUGGUCAUUACUACUCUUGGACUAAUAAGAGUCAAGGGGAUAAUAGAAUACUUAGCAGAAUUGAUAGAUGUGUUAUCAAUUCUCAUUGGCUGAAUAAAUACUCUGGUGCAAUUGUUGAUUAUCAGAACUCACGCCUGUCUGAUCAUAACCCUCUGAUGAUAGACUGCUCUACUAGUCACUCCUCAGGAGGGAGACCCUUUAAAUUCUUUAACUUCAUGGCCAGCCAUGAACAAUUUGAUCAAAUUAUCAAUGAGUGCUGGAAUACAUUUGAGAAUAGACAAUGGAUGAAGCAAAUUUGGCAGAAGCUUAAAGCUAUGAAGGCUGACAGUUCUUUACAAUCACAAGAGCAGGAGUGCAUUCAGAUGUUAAAGAAAUUCUUGGAUGUUAAAGAAAGUGCUUAUAAACAGAAAUCUAGAAUCCAGUGGCUUCAACUAGGAGAUGGGAACAAUCAUUAUUUCUUCCAGGCCAUGAAAGAGAGAUAUGCUAGGAAUAACAUUGAUAUUUUGUAUGAUGAUCAAGGUCACAAGCUCACUUUGAACUCAUCUAUUCAAGCAGAAGUGCUUAACUUCUAUAAAAGGCUGCUGGGAUCAGCAGCAAGUACACUACCUGGAGUUGAUAUUCCAACAGUUAGAGCUGGUAAACAGGUUAGUAUGGAAGCUUCUCAUGAUCUUAUUGCUCCUGUUACAACUCUUGAAAUUGACCAUGCUCUCAACUGUAUUGAUGAUGCCAAGGCUCCUGUGAUCUAUAAGAUAAUUGCUAAAAUUAUCACACUUAGAUUACAGAAGGUUAUGGGUGAUGUAGUAGAUCUUGCUCAAGCUGGUUUUAUCCCUAAUAGGUCCAUAUAUGAUAAUACACUCUUGGCAACUGAACUCAUCAAAGGGUAUACUAUGAAGCAUGUUAUCCCAAGGUAUAUGGUCAAAAUUGACCUAAAGAAGGCCUAUGAUUCUGUUGAAUGGCCUUUUUUGCAAGUAAUGCUCUUAGAAAUUGGGUUUCCCCAGCAAUUUAUUAACUGGAUCAUGAUGUGUGUCACAUCUGUUAAUUACACCAUUCUUAUAAAUGGAGUUCCUAGCCCUCCUUUCUCUGCAAAGAAGGGACUUGCUGCUAACCUUGAUAAGAGCAAUGUGUACUUUGCUGGUAUCCAGGAAGAUGAAACUAAUACUCUUCAGGAGCUGUUCCAAAUGCCACUUGGGAGCUUCCCCUUUAGAUAUUUAGGAGUUCCACUUCACUCCAGCAAGCUGUUCUAUACUGAAUGUAAACCUCUCAUUGCAAAAGUUGUAGCUAGGGUCAAAACUUGGACAACUAGAAAACUCUCAUAUGCUGGUAGAACUCAACUGAUCAGAUCAGCUCUACAAGGUAUUCAAGCUUACUGGUGCCUGAUCUUCCUACUACCCAAGAAAGUUCUAAGAGAAAUUCAAACUACACUCAGAAGCUUCCUAUGGACAGGUAUGGAUACCACUUCCAGUAAAUCUCUUAUUUCAUGGGACUACAUGUGUAAUAAGAAGGUAUGUAGAGGGUUGAAUUUUAAAGAAAUCAUUACAUGGAACAAGGCUGCCAUUGCAAAGCACUUCUGGGCCCUUGCUCUAAAACAGGAUAGACUAUGGAUUAAAUGGCUCAAUGUAUAUUAUAUCAAGCAAGCUUAUAUCUGGACAGUUGCUAUUCCUAACAGAUUAUCUUGGGCUAUAAAGAAAAUUCUUGAAGCCAGCAGGCAUAUCUGGAGUAGAUGUUUACAGCUUAUUAAUGUUCCUGUUGUCACUGAUCUUGCUAUAAUCAUCUCAACUGUAGCAAAAUACAGUAGGAAGAAAUGUAGAACUCAUCAGCUUCUUAAUAUGAUGUUUAUUGAAAGUGUGUAUCAUAUCUGGAUACAGAGAAACAGGAAGGGGUCUGUCCAGGAAAAGUUGUACCGGGCUGGUCUAGAGGGCCUUCUUUCCAAAUCCUUCCUAGAAGGUGGGGGAAAGUUGGCUUUUGAUGCUUGCUCCUUUUAG